AUGCUGGCGAUGCGAUGGUUGUGUGGAGGAUUCUUGUUUGCGGUCGGCACCGUGGCAGCGCUGAACGAUGCGCCACAGCGCCCCUUGGCAGGAGGUUCGAACGCUGAACGGCGGCCAAGAACAUUCGAUGCAGCGUUCACGGAGUACCUGGAGAAGAUCGCCGAGCACUAUCACAUCUCGAGCCUUGUGGCUGCCAUGGUCGAUGGCGAGGAGACGUUCUUGAAAGCCUGGGGAACUGCGAUUUUGCCCGAUGUUCCAACGACGGAGGAUACGCUGUAUUACGUGGGCUCGACCACCAAGUCAUUCACAGCAACGUCGCUGCUGGCGGUCCUGGAUGAUCUGCAGCACCAAGAGUCGAGGUCUGAACCGGUCACACUGCAGACGCGCAUCUCAUCCAUCAUCCCAGAUGACUUCGUUUUGCCUGACACAUACGCGACCGCCCACGCCACAAUUGAGGACGCUCUUGCGCACCGCCUAGGCUUCAUCGGCCAUGACCUGUGCUACGGCGGGCCCAACUACACCGUCCGGGAUGUUGUCCGCGCGCUUCGACAUCUGCCAAUGGCCGAGGAACUGCGCGCCAAAUUUCAGUAUCUCAACAUCGGGUACAUGAUCGUGCAGCACGUGGUCGAAACCCUCACAGGCAAAUUCAUCGGCGAUGUUCACAAGGAACGUAUAUGGGACCCCCUGGGGAUGGACUCCACCUUCAUCACUCUCGACGACGCGCUGGCAUCAGAGAAGCCGUUUGCCCAUGGGUACUCCUGGAACCCGUUCAACAAGACGCAGGGUCAUCAGCCGUGGACGGACACGACACUCGUCGGUGGAGGCGGUAUCAUCACCUCGAUCAAGGACUUCGGAAAGUAUCUACAUGCACUCGUACACCGGAAAUUGCCGCUGCCGGGUGACCUACAAGACGAGCUCUUCAAGCCGCGGAUGAUAGUGGGGAGCAAGGGCGUCUCUGAUCAUAUGAGUGAUAUGCUCUACGGUCUAGGGUGGGAUGUUACCAGCUAUCGCGGGCACCGCCUGAUUCAGCACUCGGGGGAGAUUAGCGGCUUCUCGUCGAACAUCGUCUUCCUCCCGGAGAAGAAGUUUGGCCUGGCGAUGAUGAUCAACGCUGACGACAACGGGGGCAUCGCAAAUAACGUGUUGUGUUUGUAUCUGCUUGAACGGUUUCUGGAAAUCCCAGAGGAAGACUGGGAGGACAUCGUUCCGCACUGGGACGAGGUUGAAAGGGCGAAACUCGACUUCUUUCUCCACGCCAGAGACAUCCUUUAUCCUGGCGUUCCAAGCCCACCGAUCCCGCCGUCAUUGCCGCUGGGGGAGUAUGCUGGAACGUACUCCCAUCCUGCGUACCGAGAGAUUACCCUCGAAUUGCGCGAGCCGCGUGCGGGACUUCCUCUCGCAAAGCAUACGAAAGAAGUCCUCCACACUGACAUACGCCGCCUUGUGAAUGUGACAGUUGACUUGGAACAUGUUUCAGGCGAGUUCUUCGCGGCUUGGACGGACUUGGAAGUCACGGCGCCCUUUGUCAGAGGUGCCGUCCCUGCACAGUUCGAAAUUGGGAGUGACGGAAAAGUCCAGAAGAUGGGUCUUCAGUUUGAGAUAGGCCAUCAGUCUCAAGAUAAGGAAUCUUUGGUUUGGUUUGAUAAGCUUUGA